GGGCGGGGCCGGCGCCGCGGUCGGCUGCAGCGCUCUCCCGAGACCUUGCAGCGCGGUCUGGUCCCGGACCCGGGCGACCCACGGGGCGGUGGGUGCUCCUUGGCCCCGGGCUCUGCAAGCCCCGGAAGGCAAAACUAGCUGCGUGUUGUUCCUCCCGGAGCUUACCCCGAGUCCCGCAAUGGACGGCGAGAGCGAAGUGGAUUUUUCUAGCAAAAGCAUAAACCCUUUGUGGCGGAGGCGUUCGACCCCUCCGCCCCAGCUGCUGGGCCGGAGCAAGCCGAGGCCCCAGUCUUAUCAGAGCCCCAGCGGGUUGCUGAUCACGGAUUUCCCGGUGGAAGACCGAGGGACGCUCCGCGCAGCGCAGACUCCCGCCCAGGUGCCCACCGCCUCGGACAGCAGGACGGUCCGCAGGAGUCCCCUGCUUCUGGGCGACCAUCGGAGAGCGGUGGCUAAUGGUGGGACGGUCUCCUUGGAGUACAGGGCUGUCUCUCCUAGAUUUCGACGGCCCAAGUCACCUCAGGUCCUCAAAGCGGUGCCGGGCGGCUCCCCGAAAUGCCCAGCCAAUGGCGUGGUGACCUCGCUCUCCUCGCCGCCGCCGCCUGUGCUGCGCCCCCCGCGGACUCCUAAAGCACUCGCCCCCUGCAGCCCCGAGGAGGACCCGACUGGGUUGGCCAGCCCGGUGCCUUCCCCUACUGCAAAUGGCUUUGCCCCAAAUAAAGACUCUCCUGACUUCGGUUCGCAAUCCCGUCAGUUGGCUAUAGACCCCGAACCGGUACCCUCGAGACUCUCUCCUGCGCCCCAGAAAAGGUCUUCGGAACAAAAACUCCCCCUCCAGAGGCUGCCCUCACAGGAGAAUGAGCUCCCCGAGAAUCCUUCCGUGAUUUUGAGUACAAACAGCCCCGCCGCCCUCAAAGUAGGGAAGCAGCAGAUCAUUCCGAAGAGCCUGGCCUCAGAAAUUAAAAUAAGUAAAUCCAACAGUCAGAAUGUGGAGCCCCAUAAGAGACUCCUCAAGGUGCGCAGCAUGGUGGAAGGCCUUGGAGCACCCCUGGGCCACGCAGGGGAGGAGGGUGAGGUCGAGAACGACUUGGAUAGCCCGGGGUCUCUGCGGAGAGGCUUGAGGUCCACGUCCUAUCGCAGGGCGGUGGUCAGUGGCUUUGAUUUUGACAGUCCCACCAGCUCGAAGAAGAAGAACAGAAUGUCCCAGCCUGUUCUGAAAGCAGUGAUGGAAGACAAGGAGAAGUUUUCCAGCCUGGGAAGGAUAAAGAAAAAAAUGCUGAAAGGACAAGGAACGUUUGAUGGGGAAGAAAACGCUGUGCUAUAUCAAAACUACAAAGAAAAGGCCCUCGACAUUGACUCUGAUGAAGAGUCGGAGCCCAAAGAACAGAAGUCAGAUGAAAAAAUCGUGAUUCACCAUAAGCCACUGAGAUCCACAUGGAGCCAGCUCUCUGCGGUGAAAAGAAAUGGAUUGUCUCAGACAGUAAGCCAGGAGGAAAGAAAGAGACAAGAGGCUAUCUUUGAAGUCAUAUCCUCUGAACAUUCAUAUUUACUCAGCUUGGAAAUCUUGAUUCGCAUGUUUAAAAAUUCUAAAGAACUGAGCGAUACCAUGACUAAAACCGAGAGGCACCACCUUUUCUCCAAUAUUACAGAUGUCUGUGAGGCAAGCAAAAAAUUCUUUAUAGAGUUGGAAGCAAGACAUCAGAAUAAUAUCUUCAUAGAUGAUAUAAGUGACAUUGUGGAAAAACAUACAGCAUCCACAUUUGACCCAUAUGUGAAAUACUGCACAAAUGAAGUAUAUCAACAACGAACACUACAAAAAUUGUUAGCCACCAACCCAUCCUUUAAAGAAGUAUUAUCAAGGAUCGAGUCACAUGAAGACUGUAGGAACUUGCCCAUGAUCUCUUUUCUCAUUCUCCCCAUGCAGCGGGUGACGCGCCUGCCAUUGCUGAUGGAUACUAUCUGUCAAAAAACACCUAAGGACUCUCCGAAGUACGAAGUCUGCAAAAGGGCCUUAAAAGAAGUGAGCAAGUUGGUUCGACUGUGCAAUGAAGGAGCCCGGAAGAUGGAAAGGACCGAGAUGAUGUACACAAUUAAUUCCCAGCUGGAAUUUAAAAUUAAGCCUUUUCCUUUAGUCUCCUCUUCCCGGUGGUUGAUAAAAAGAGGUGAGUUGACAGCCUACGUGGAAGACACUGUGCUUUUUUCAAAAAGGACAUCCAAACAACAAGUCUACUUCUUUCUGUUUAAUGACGUGCUCAUUAUCACCAAGAAGAAGAGUGAAGAAAGUUACAAUGUCAAUGAUUAUUCCUUAAGAGAUCAGCUAUUGGUGGAAUCUUGUGACAAUGAAGAGCUUAAUUCUUCUCCAGGAAAAAACAGUUCCACGAUGCUUUAUUCGAGACAGAGCUCUGCCAGUCACCUUUUCACUCUGACAGUCCUUAGUAACCACGCGAAUGAGAAAGUGGAAAUGCUGCUAGGAGCUGAGACACAGAGUGAGCGAGCCCGCUGGAUAACCGCCCUGGGACACAGCAGCGGGAAGCAGACUACAGACCGAACCUCACUGACCCAGGUAGAAAUCAUUAGGUCUUUUACUGCCAAGCAGCCAGAUGAACUCUCCCUGCAGGUGGCGGACGUGGUCCUCAUUUAUCAGCGUGUCAGCGAUGGAUGGUAUGAGGGGGAACGACUGAGAGAUGGAGAAAGGGGCUGGUUUCCUAUGGAAUGUGCCAAGGAGAUAACGUGCCAAGCUACAAUUGAUAAGAAUGUGGAGAGAAUGGGACGCUUGCUAGGACUGGAGACCAACGUGUAGCCUCUCAGACAGCCUUUUGUUACUGCGAGAUUUGCACUACAUCUGGUGGGCUGGUUGGUUCUGGGCUGGUUUUAUUGUUAAUUUUGUCACAGCCUAUUUAAUUAAAAGAAUGAAAACA